AUGUUCUGGGUCGAUCGUGGUCCAUUGCCUCCCGGUCGGACGGUGCGUCGUGCGGGUCGGUCCUGGAGAAGGCCGAGCGAAGCCAAUAAGUUUUCUGUCCGGCCGAGUGCGUUCGGCCGGCUGUGGACCAGUCUUCAGUACAAACGUCUUUUGGAGCAUUUGGAGCAUAUGGGACGUGAGGAGCAUGGAAGGACUUGGUGCAUGGACGCAGCUCAACUGGAUACGCAAAGGAAGAAGGAGGAAGUCAUCUUGACCGGUCGAGUUCCUCAACUCGACCGGCCAAGCUUCAACUCGAUCGAGCUGAGAAGUCAACAGUCAAACCCGAAAAAUGUUGCUUCCCCCUUGACUUUCCUUUGA